GAAGAAAUUCCAUAAGCCGCACCAGCAGAAUUAAGAAGCUAUACGAGGUGGUUGGUGACAAGCCAUCAGACCCAUACCAGUUACCAACCCACUACCUCCUUCAAAUCUGCUAUUGACUUCACCAACCAAACCCUCUCUGUUUUUCUUUCAAAUCCACGCAAAGCCUUUGCACAUUGCGCAAGCUCUCAUCAGUUUCCCAAGUCUUUGAAGAGAGGUGGGAAUUUGGGUAAUCUUGCUCUCCUGGGAAGCAAUGGGUGGAGAGCGCAAGGUCUACACUCUACCUGAGGUUUCUGAGCACGACAGCCCCAAGGACUGCUGGCUUGUCAUUGACGGCAAGGUAUAUAAUGUGACAAAGUUCUUGGAGGACCAUCCUGGUGGUGAUGAUGUCUUGUUGUCUGCAACAGGAAAGGAUGCAACUAAUGAUUUUGAGGAUGUUGGCCACAGUAGCAGUGCAAGAGCCAUGAUGGACGAAUUCUACGUAGGAGAUAUUGAUUCAUCAACCAUCCCCACCAAGGUCAAGUACACUCCUCCCAAACAGCCUCACUACAAUCCGGAUAAGACGCCGCAGUUUAUUAUCAAGGUCCUCCAGUUUCUAGUUCCCAUUAUAAUCUUGGGUUUGGCUGUUGGCAUUCGCUUCUAUACCAAAUCUGCAUAAUUAUUGAAGCCACGAGAGGAAAUUUAGAAAGACCCUUCAAUAAGUUCAUGUAUCAUGUAUGUGGUGGAAGACCCCUUGUUAUUCGUUUCUUUUGUGUCUCGAACUGUUGAAAUCAAGGGAUGGGAUGAUAUUUGACUGCUUUCUGGGAAUGAGUAUGUGCUUGUUUUCUA